GGUCGGCCCAAGCCUCCCCCCCCCAAGCUGGGCGCCACCUUCGGCCGCCCCCAGAUCAAAGGGGUGGUGAUCAAGAACCUGAUCCGCAAGCCCAAGAAGCCCAACUCGGCCAACCGCAAAUGCGCCCGGGUGCGGCUGAGCAACGGGAAGGAGGUGGUGUGCUUCAUCCCCGGGGAGGGCCACAACCUGCAGGAGCACCACGUCGUGCUGGUGCAGGGUGGGCGCACGCAGGACCUGCCGGGGGUGAAGCUCACCAUCGUGCGGGGCAAGUACGACUGCGCCCACGUCCAGAAGAAGAAGAAGUAG